CGGCGUAGGCGGCGCGGAGCACUCCUCCAGGUCCCUCAGCACCUCAGCUCCUCAGUCCUCCGCAACCGCCGAGUCCGCGCGCCUCUUGUGGGCUGACUGAGUAUACUUCAUCCCGACCCUCCCAGGAGGCAGAGCCAAAGAUCGGACCUCAGAUCCAGAAACCUAUUCACCCCCCGCGACCCAGGAAGCCAGAAGCAGGGUUACGGCGAGACUGGGGCGACGUGCUCUUCUCUCCUUCGGAACUGCUACUUUUCUGUCUCCCAACGGCAGUCGUCGCUUUGGGAGAGCUGCUCAACCGAUUCUUUAAAUUUACCCCCUGCGGGGCGUGGCUGGCGUCCUCUAGCCGCGCGGCGUUGGAGAGUUGGCCUUGACUGGGAGUGACUCUCGUUUUGUGCCUUAGGAGAGCGAGAAAGAGUGUGAGGGCCGAACAUCCUUUGGAGGAGAUGCCGUUAAAUAGUCAUCCAUAGCAGCGAUAGAAACAGCUUUGUGUUGCUUUGUUUUGUUUAUACCGAGUGGUUUUUCGGUGAAAUGCUGUUUUGGUUAAAAGAAGAAAUGGCCCCUCAGGAGUUCACACGGCGACUGGCCACAGUGAUCACUCAUGUCGAUGAAAUUAUGCAGCAGGAAAUCAGGCCCUUGGUGGCAGUGGAUAUAAUUGAACAACUUCACAGACAAUUUGCCAUUCUUUCAGGAGGCCGAGGGAAAGAUGGUGCCCCCAUCAUCACUUUUCCAGAGUUUGUGGGGUUCAAGCACAUCCUAGAUGAAGACUUCCUGAAUGUCAUGACCUACCUAACUAGUGUCCCCAGUGUGGAGGCCGCCAGCAUCGGGUUCGUCAUUGUCAUCGACAGACGGAGGGACAAGUGGAGCUCCAUAAAAGCAUCCUUGACACGAAUAGCUGUAGCAUUUCCAGGAAACUUGCAGCUCAUAUUCAUUCUUCGUCCAUCUUGCUUUAUCCAGAGAACAUUGACUGACAUUGGCAUUAAGUACUAUAGAGGUGAAUUUAAAAUGAAAGUGCCGAUUGUUAUGUUAAACUCCAUUUCUGACCUUCAUGACUACAUUGACAAAAGCCAAUUGACAGAGGACUUAGGGGGAACUUUGGAGUAUCGCCACAGUCAGUGGAUAAAUCAUCGAACCGCCAUUGAAAACUUUGCUCUGGCAUUGAAGACCACUGCCCAGAUGCUUCAGACUUUUGGGGACUGCCUGGCUACAACAGAGCUGCCCAGAAGCAUCCUUUCCACUGAAGACCUUCUCAUGUCCCACACGAGGCAGCGUAACAAGUUGCAGGAUGAGCUGAAAUUACUUGGAAAGCAAGGGGCCACAUUGCUGUCAUGCAUGCAAGAACCAGCAACCAAAAGUCCCACCAGCAAACUCAGUCUCAAUGAAGUUGAGAAUGUAGCUACCGUGGAAAGGUUAUUAGUUCAGUUGGAUGAAACAGAAAAAGCCUUUAGUCAGUUCUGGUCUGAGCAUCACUUGAAGCUUAAUCAAUACCUACAACUACAGCACUUUGAACACAAUUUUUGUGAGCUUCAACAUUCCAUCUAUACAUUGUCUCAGCACCCCCAGGUUAAGCUAGCCCUGGACAACUUGUUGGCGGAGCAGGCAGAGUUUUCAGACAUCGGAGACAAUGUGGUGCAUGUGGAACAACUUCUUAAGGAACACAAAAAACUGGAAGGAGAAGGCCAGGAGUUCUUGGAAAAGGCCCAGCUGCUUGCAGUAAUUGGGGACCAGCUUAUCCAAAGCCACCAUUAUGCAGUGGACUCCAUCAGACCCAGGUGUGCGGAGCUCAGGCACCUUUGUGAUGACUUCAUCAAUGAAAACAAAAAGAAACAUGACAUAUUAGAAAAGUCCUUGGAGUUGCAUAGAAGGUUGGACAAGGUCAGCCAGUGGUGUGAAGCAGGAAUCUACCUCUUGGCUUCCCAAGCUGUAGACAAGUGCCAGUCCCGAGAGGGCGUUGACAUUGCUUUGAAUGACAUUGAGACAUUCCUGGGCACAGCGAAGGAGUACCAGUUGCCCAGUUCCAAGGACUUUUACAACCAGUAUGAGCUGAUGCUCACUCUUGAUAUAAAGGCUAAAGCCCAGAAAGUUCUGCAGAAGCUGAGCGACGUGCAAGAAAUAUUUCACAAGAGACAAAUGAGUCUGAUGAAACUGGCAGCCAGACAGACUCGCCCAGUGCAACCCGUGGCCCCCCAUCCUGAGUCCUCCCCAAAAUGGGUGUCACCAAAAAUCAGCCAGCCCUCCACCUUGGUUCCUCAUCAGAAAACAUCUGAGGAAUCUUAUGCAGAGACAGAUUUAAACUCAGAGGAAAAGGAAGAUGAUGAGACUAAAUCUGAAGUCAAGAAUGCAGAAAUACUUGAAAGCAGUCAUGAUGCGGAGAACCCUGAGCCAGAGCAGCCUGACAGUUCCAAAAAUCUUUCUCCCAGCAGGCAUAUUAUACGUGACUUGCUUGAGACUGAAGAGACUUAUAUAAAAGAGAUUAAGAACAUAAUUGAUGGAUAUAUCAUUCCAAUGGAUUUUAUUUGGCUGAAUCAUCUAAUUCCAGAUGUCCUGCGGAAUAACAAGGAGUUUCUCUUUGGGAACAUUAGAGAACUUUACGAAUUUCACAACAGGACUUUUCUAAAAGAAUUGGAAAAAUGCACUGAAAACCCUGAACUUCUGGCACGUUGCUUUCUCAAGAGAAAAGAAGAUCUUCAAAUAUAUUUAAAAUAUCAUAAGAACCUGCCCCGAGCCAGGGCAAUCUGGCAAGAAUGUCAAGACUGCACCUACUUUGGGGUAUGCCAGCGUCAACUGGGUCACAAUCUCCCUCUUUUUACGUGUCUGAGAGAACCAAGUCAGAGACUUGUAAAGUACCAGAUGCUGUUGAAGGGGCUGCUGGAUUUUGAGUCUCCUGAGGAUUUGGAGAUGGACCCAAGUGAUCUAGAAGGAGGUUCGGCUAAGAAUGCGCCAAAGAGGACCAAGGAUUCAGCCUUCUUAGCCGACCUACAACAGGCUUUGGCCGUGAUGGAGGAUUUGAUCAAGUCCUGUGAGUUGGCCAUGGACCUGGCAGCAGUCACUGGAUAUCCGGAUGAUAUUGGAAAACUCGGCAAGUUGUUGAUGCAUGGUUCUUUCAACGUUUGGACAGUUCACAAAGAUCGUUAUAAGAUGAAGGAUUUAAUUCGAUUUAAGCCCAACCAGAGGCAAAUCUAUCUAUUUGAACAGGGAAUAGUGUUCUGUAAGAUACAGAUGGAGCCCAGUGACCAGGGCCUGUGCCCUCACUACAGCUUUAAGAAGUCUGUGAAGUUGAUGACACUUUCAAUUCGCCAACUUGGAAGGGGGAGCAACAGAAAGUUUGAAAUUGCCAACCAAAAUGGACUUGAAAAAUACAUCCUACAGGCAGCUUCAAAAGAAAUCAGAGAUUGUUGGUUUUCAGAAAUAAGUAAAUUAUUGAUGAAACAGCAAAACAAUAUUAAAGAAGUUUAUGAAGAUGAAGACAAUGGCAGACAAAUAUCCCCAAAACGGAGUUGUGAGUACCAUGUGGACACGUCUUCUCAGUCACAGUUACAGAAUUUUGAGCGGGAACAGGUUGCUCAAGCAGGGAGUGUAUCUCCAUGGAAACUUCUGUCAAUUGUGAAGGUGCAGAAGAUUUGGAAAAGGAGAACAGUGCCCUGAGCCUCUCGGGACUUUUUCGGUUGGAUGACAGUUACGACGAGACCUCCAAGUCUGGUCAGCAGCAGGGAGAAAGCAUCCGGGGAGAGAAAGAGGGCUGCCAAGAGGAGGACACGUGAGUGGAAAGCGGAAAGAAAAGUAAGCCAAUUUGUUAGCAGUUGCUCCUCUGACUUUCUUCUUGGAAUUUCAGGGCCAUGAACAAAACUGAGGAGAGCCUUGGGAUGUCUACUGGCUUGCUCGCCCCUGUUGGGGAGGCCAGUUUCCCCCGAGCUGAGGCAUUGCGGGCCCAGGAAGGGAGCCUGAGGCCGCCCUCCGCGGAGAACUGAUACUCUUUCCAGACCACCGAGCAGCCCCGGCCGAUUGUAUUCCGUGGAGUCGCUUCUGUGGGCGCGGAGCAGAAGCAGCAAAGGGAUGUCACAGCCCACAGAUCCGCUGUCCUGCCAGGGGGCGACUGGACCAUCUCCCCGGAGCCUGAGGAGCGGUCCACGUCUGCGCGGGGAGCCUCGGGCUGUUCUACGCGCUGCCGCGCGAGCCCAGGGCCUCGGAACAGACCCCUUGGAGAACCUGCAGAUGCCGAUACGCGCCCGCGCAGGGACAGGGCGCAGAGUCCGUGGAGAACCUUGCGCCCCUCUAGACGCGCCUAGAGUGCGGACUUCGCGGAGAAUCUCUAGCUGCUCCACACGUGCGCCUCCGGAGGUUAGGGAUCCAGUCCUGGAGAGCUGAGCCCAGGGUUUCUGAAUGUUGGCACUUUUGACUUUGGGAUAACUGCUAUGGGGGCUCUCUUGGGCAUUGUAGAAUGUUUAGGGGCAUCUCUGGCCUCUAUCCCCUAGAUGCCAGAGACACCUCCCACCCAACUCACCCAAAUUAAGACAAUCAAAACAUGCCUUCAGACAUUGCCAAAUUUCUGCUGGGGCGGGAGUGGAGAGCUAGGUUGAGAACCUCUGAUCCGAGCCGCUCAAACUCCACAGGGCAGCCCUGCGCUCUUCUCCCCAAAUCCCCAGAGAAUGUUAACUGUGAUACUUGCGUUACUUUGUUCCAGGGUUUCCUUUUAGUGAAGGCUGGCUACAAGUUAACUUCUGAGAUAUUUACGUUUAGAUUUAUUAGUUUUUAAAUUAGCUUCAUUUAUCUUCAGUAAUUUUAGUUUUAUUAGUUAAUAUUCAUUUUGUUUUUAGUUUUUUCUUUAUUUAAUCUAAUAGCUUUGAAGCUACCUGUUUAUAACUAUUUGGUCUUACUUGGUUCCUUAGUUUCUGAGUUAUUUUCAGUUACUCAUUUAUAGUUACUUUGUUUUGAGUUAUGUAUUUACAAAUUAGUUACCUUUAGCAUUAUUUAUUUUUAAUUAUCUAUCUUUGCAAUUGUUAAUAUCUGAGUUAUUUUCAUGUUUAUUCUAUUCUUAAUUAUUGGCAAUUUGGGGAUUGUUUAUUUUUACAGCUACUUAUUUGACUAGUAAACAUUCACUGGAAGUUUUUUAAUUGCUUUAUUUAUUUUCAGAAUACAAUACCUGUGGUUAUUUUAGGGCUUUCUCCCUAGUUAUUUAGUUUUAGAGUUACCUAUAUUCACAGUAAUUUAUUUUCAUUUAUUUUAGAGUCUGGGUUAUUUUUACAUUCAUUUGUUUGGAGAGUUUUAGUUAUUAAUAUGUGGUUUUAAAUUAUUUUCAGUUGUUACAUCUUAAGCAUUAUAUUUUGAGUCUCUUACUUUCAGAACUUUUGAGAUAUUUAGUUUUUAAGUUAUUUUCAGAGUUACUUUCUCUCAGUCGUUUCUUUUCAGUCAUGUCUUUGUCAUUCAAGUUUUUUUCUAUUUUGUAUUUUUCAUUAUUUUCAGUUUUAUUUACAGAAUUAUUUAGUAUUUCUUUAGAAUUAUUUAAUCCAUGAAUCAGGAUACAAUCAAGAGAAACACUAUACUAGUUAUUUUAACAGAAAGAAUUUAAUAUAAGGAAGUACUAUCCAGUUACUGGAAAUUUCAAUGGGGGGGGAAAAGUGAUAAUCAGAUAUCAUGACGAUUUUAACUUCUCUGCUGGCAUCAGGAAAGACCAAGGAGUUGUGAAGAUGAGCAAGAGGUCCCUGGGUCCAGUUGGGGGAGUCAGAUGUGGAAAUAGAUGAUGACAACGCUGUGUGACACACGAGUCUGCCGCUAUGUGAUGAGGCCGGUUAUGGAAGUGUUCGGAAGAUGGAAGGGGGCACAACCUCCAAAAGAAUGACAUGGCCUGAGGACAUGAUAUAAACUGAUCAGAACCAACUAGAUCCAAGAUGGCAGGUGAGUCGACUUCCACUUGACUUGAGCCUCAGUGUACGCUCAUUGUAACAUCAGUACUCUAAAUGACAUAUCGCAGGUGCCAUGAUGGCUCCAAAGAUGACCUUUAAUAGGUCAAAAAGUGGGUACUUGCCCAAUUCCUGGAAAUCCCCCUUCCCCCAAAUAGCUGGAAUACUCAGCCCACUCAGCCUAUGAAAUUAUUUACCCCGUAAAAGCUGACAACACUGUACCCUGGUGCCUCCCUCUCCUCUCUUGCCUUCUGAGAUGGUCUGUACUCUAUAUGGGGUGUGUUUCCUCCCUGAGCAAAUCUUCUUUCAGUUUACUAUGGUUUGCUCUUGAAUUUUUUCCUGCACUAAGCCAAGAAUCCACACUUGGUGACUGUCUCAGGGACUCAGACGUAACCUGGGAUGUGACCAUUUUCCUGCACCUCACUCUUUUUCUUGCAACAAGUUGAGACUCCUCCCUUCAAAGAGUGCAGUAAAAUAGCCCUCCCUUUAAGUGUGGCUGUACUAGUGACUGUAAUAAACAGAAUGUGGUGUGAGUGAUGCUCCUUGCCUUUCAAGACUGCCUUAUAAAAGCCAUUGUGAAUUCU